AUGGUCUUCCUAAUCUUGUUCAGGAUAUUCACCGGCAGCAACCCUACCACGGUGAGACAAGCCAUUGAGCUAGCUGUAACUUUGACUGAGUCUCAAGUCAAAAAGGGUAAACUCCACCGCAAGGGUGAUAAGAAACCAUCUGACAUGACAGAGAAGAAGAAGGGAAAGAAAGCUGAAACCUCGAAGAAAUCUAAGAAGUGUAAGGCUUCCCAAAACUUUGUAGUUACUACACAACCCAACCAGAACACUCAGAACCAGCCACCACAACCACCUGCCAAGAAACAGUAUGUUGGUACUACACCUCUUUGUAAUAAGUGCAAUUGUCAUCAUCAACCACAUCUUCAGUGUCGUCUUUGCAAAAACUGUGGAAGAUAUGGCCAUUUGGCUAUCACAUGUCGCUCUCCUCCUGCUCCGAAUCAAGCGGCACAAAACCUUGCCCAACAGCCAACAAAUCCUGCACGACCUCCUUUUCCACCUGGGUCUUGCUACAAUUGUGGAGAUCUGACUCACUACAGGAACAAAUGCCCAAAGUUGGCUAAUGCGAACCCGGCUCGUGGACAAGUAUACAACAUCAAUGCCAAUGAAGCGCGUGCCGACAAUGAGGUGGUCAACGGUACGUUCUAUGUUAACAACCAACUUGCUUCUAUUCUUUUGAUUCGGGUGCCGACAAGAGUUGUGUAUCCCUAG